ACUAUCACACUUACAGUCAGCCAUUUUGUAUAGGGCAUCGCGGAUGCUUUUUCUCCCUGACCAAAGGAUAUUUGGUUUUUCCGUCAAAAUUCGUUGAGUUUGAGACGUCAACUUGAAGCACUUAAACAGCAGUGACCGUGUUCCGGCAGCGUGUGUGCAAUUGGCAAGUGGAAAUUGUAUGAAAGGUCGAGUUUUAGAUCCAAAAAAAGCAGUCAGCGCCGACGUCACACCUUUUCAGACGUCACACCAAUACGACCACCGCAACUAAUACUAAUACGACUCAUAGACUAACACAAGAGCGAAAAACAACUGCUAGAAAAGAAGAAGAAUAAGCUAUACGAACCGCAAAUCAAAGUACUUUUUAGUACUUUCGCCUCGAAUUUAACUGCAUUUCCUCGCGAAAGCCGCACUGAUUUUUUGGAAAUAUUACGCAAGUACUAUUUCUAGUCGUACCCGUUGGAUAAUCAUGGCUCAGUAAACAUGAAUCCGCAACGAGAAUACCCUGCUCAACGCACUCCGUGUGGAGACCAAGGCAAGACGCAAUUAGCUGCCCAUUGGCAGCUGCCCAGCUUUUAUACUAGUACAAUUAAUCCCCAUCACAAGUGCAUCAAUAAUAACCAAAACGAUGGACAACAACAACAGCAGCAGCAAAAAGCAACCUCAAUCCUCUCAUCAUGGCAAGUCCUCGACUGGUGAAUCGCAACGGAAGUCCAGUGACGUACAUGCCAACAGCAACAAGCAGCGACAUAACCGCCGACGAGAGCAGCUUCCUACACCACGCAACGAUCAGCAGCAACAGCAGCGCAGCGCCAAGCAGCAGCAACAACAACAACAGCCACAGCAGCCCGCCAGGCUACGUCCCAAUGUGGACAAGCGGCCGAGGGCCCGCGGAGGCGGCGGGGCAUUUGAUUUCCCUGCACCUCGCGGCCAAGACGGGACUCCAGGCAGCUCCCGACUAGCCUACGCUGGCGCCGGCUACCAACGUAGCGGUGACUUUGACCAUGAACUGAACUCUGUGUACGCACAGGGCAGUAAGAAGCAGAAUCUGAACCAUCUGCUUAACUUCCACUGCGUGCCAAGGGAACUGGAGCGAGGCCAUCACCAUCAGUACCAGCAGCAUCACAGCCUGGGCAGCCGGAAGAUGCGUUUUAACAAGGAGCAAUUUCUGCAGGCCAACUUCCAGUUCGUUAUUCGUUUGGGUGCAAAAGCCCAAGUGAAUGGCUCGCCGGAUGCGCUUAUCGAUUGGAGCUAUAUAGAGCAGAUCAACAUCCAGACCACGGAGGAGUUACAGUGCCCCAUCUGUCUGUAUCCACCUGUGGCUGCCAAGCUUACUAGAUGUGGUCACGCUUAUUGCUGGCCCUGCUUGCUGCACUAUCUUUCGCUGAGUGACAAAACCUGGCGCAAGUGCCCCAUAUGCUACGACGCCAUCCACGCGGGGGAUCUAAAGAGCUGCACCAUCGAACAGCAAAUGGAUUUGCAAGUAGGCGAAAGGAUUACUUUCCAGUUAAUGCGUCGCCGCAAGGGUUCCAUGUAUAUCGAAAAACAUGCUGCAGGAUUGGGAGAAACCAUUGAACGUUUCCCAUUUGUCUCCGCUGGAGAAGAGGCCAAACGCUAUUCCAAGUUCUUAAUAGCAAAGCGAUCAGAUGUUGGCACAAUCAUCGAAAGGGAGCGUGGCGAACUGCUAGCCGAAUCGGAUGUGUCCUGUCCAGAGGAUGUGUUUAUUCAGCAAGCGCUUGUGAUGCUUCAGGAGCGAGGCGAAAAGUUGGGAUUGGAAAAACCUGAUCCUAGAGAGGAAGAAGGCGAAAUACCGCAUACUCUUUGCCUAGAUAUUGAAACCAAGAAUGAUAUUGAGAAGCCAGACGAUGCCUCUAUCUCAUCAGGAGAGGCAUCCAGCAACUUGAGCUACUCCUCGAACAACCAUAACAAGUACUAUUAUUUCUAUCAGUCCAACGACGGACAAAACAUCUUUUUGCACCCUUUGAAUGUGAAAAUGCUCCAAGCAUGCUAUGGCACUUUAGAUCUUGGGCCACUACUCAUCGAUGCACAGAUCGUACAGAUGGAACAGCACUCCAUGGACGAGGACCAUCGACGCAAGUUUACUUGUCUUGGCCAUUUGCCGUUGACUUGUCAGUUUUCUGUUGUGGAAGUUGAAUUACAACCACCGAUUGUCUCUGGAGGAAUACUCAGGCUCUUCAAAGAGGAUAUUCUUCAUCGUAAGAAGGAGCGCCAGCGUCGGGAUCGUGAGGAGCGCAAGCGGGAACAACAUAUAAAUGAGAUCAAUGACCGCCAGAUGGGCAAACUGAUUGCCAGCGCAGCUAACCUCAACUUAAGCUCAUCUCAUGAGUUUCCCACUUGCGGAUUUGAGGAAGCUUUGCCCACUCCCAGUGGCUCUGUACCCACGGCAAUUAACAGCCAGGAUAGUGGCUCUCGUUACUCUAGUAUCACUGUGGCAAGUUCCAGUCCCAAACAGGAGCUAUGGCCCUCCAUUGGAAGUGGUUCGCCUGGCAGUAAUGCUGCAUCAUUGGAUUUUCAGGUUGGCGCCUGGGGCCGCUCAGCUCCACCACCGCCGCCGCGAGUAGUUUCGGGUCCUAAAACCAGUGACGACGAUUGCGAGCAGCGUUCUCUAGGACACUGGGGUCUGGGAGAACUUUUAGAAGGAGCUUUAGACCAGAAAAAGCUUAAGGUAGGAGCUGGAAAAGGCAAUGUAGCAGCUCCUGCUGAAUCCAAGAAGCAAAAGAAAGCCAAGGGCAAAAAGAUGGUUCCCCUGUUCGCCAUGGGUAUAAACAGAGCUCCAUAAAUAAUUGGAUGAAUUGGAUUAUGAAGCUUUCAAUAUUAAUUGAAUUUUUAGUUUGAUGCAAAUAUUUCAACGUUAUUUCAAAUAACAAUCACGAUUGUUCUUUCAUUGAAGAGGAUUUAAAAAAUCAUUCAGCUAAUCUAUAAUUUAACCCAACUUAUAUUCACAUUAUACAUAAUCAAAACCAAUAUAAUAAAGGCAGCAAAUGAACUAUAAAA